AUGGCGACAGGAGUGAGCAUUCCAGGCGAACCCACCCAGACAAGCACGGCGUUGACGAAUACGGCUGCAAGUGCCAUCCAAUCCUUUGCUCCCAUCAACAAAAUCCAUCAACACCUCUGGGCAUUCCAUUUCUACGCUCACGAUACGACGAGGCAGGUGGUAGCGCACCAUUUCUGCUCGCACCAGAAUGAAGAUAUGAGGCAGUGCCUUAUCUACGAUAGCCCAGAAGCGGACGCACGGCUCAUAGGUGUGGAGUACCUCAUAUCGGAAAACCUCUUCCAGGCGCUGCCCGAUACUGAGAAGCCGCUUUGGCACUCCCACGAUUACGAGGUGAAGAGUGGGUCUUUGUUCCUGCCCGGGGUGCCCGGACCCCUGCAGAGGCAGGAACUUGAUAAGGUGUGCAAAACCUACGGUAAGACCUUUCAUUUUUGGCAGAUCGACAAAGGAGAUGAGCUCCCUCUUGGCUUGCCUCAGCUCAUGAUGGCCCUUACGAGGGACGGUCAGCUCGACACCAACAUUGCCCAAGAUGUAGAGAAGAGAUUUGGGGUGAGCUUUGAGAAGGAAAGGGAGAACAGGGCAUACAUGAAAGGACCGGAGCAUGGAAUACAUCCAUUGGCGAAUGGAAGGGGAAAAGGGUUAAGGACGAAGUUUAGGGAGACGGAUUGUAAGCCAGUGGACUCUGUCCCUAGGGUUUUUGUGUAAGCAAUAACACUUAUACACAUAGUGUAACGUCCAUUACAUGGUCUUUUUUGU